CUCACUGGGCUGGCACUGAUAUUUUUGUCGCUAUGGAUGCAGCUGGAUCCGCGUCGUAACUAUGUGCUUGAUUUGGUCGAUUUCUCAGAAGACGACCCGUUACUUCGUGGCGCCACUUAUUUGGCCCUUAUCACUGGAGCUGUAACACUAAUUGUUGGUUUCAUUGGCUGUUGUGGUGCAAUCAAAAAAUCACUAUGCAUGAUUGUUACUUUCGUGAUCUGUUUAUUGAUCAUAUUUUUUGCGGAUGUGACAAUCGCCUGCUUCGCAUUAUUCUAUCGCAACAAGUUUAUUGGCAGUAAGCUGAGUGCCUAUCUAACAAUGCUAACACAUGAUCGCUAUCAUCGUGUGUAUUGGGUCACACCGCUCAUCGAUACAAUCCAGUAUUAUGUAACUUUUUUUCUGUUUUCAUUAACAGCACAUCGAUGGCUUAGCAGAUAUGAUAAUGCUCUGAGUGCUGAUACCACCGAUCGGAGGCAGGACUGUCUUUCGAUUCCUGUGUUGCGUGCCCAUUGUUGUCUUUUGAACUGA